AUUUAUUUGAGUUGAAUAGAAAUGCAACACAUUCUGACCGAGAGGCGACACGGACGCAGCUGGAAUAAGAAGAAGCUGAAAAAGAAGGAGAAGAAGAGAAUGCACAAAUAAUCACUCCCAGUGAUUAAUAAUGAUCACAGAUAUCUUCAUUGUGCGUCAGCCUUACUCUGUGUGUGUUCCUGUGAACCACAGAGUCACCCUGAGUGUCCGUGCCCAGGGCACGGGUAACCUCCAGUACCAGUGGUUCACCCCUGACAAUGAGGUUUUUGGUGGAACUCUUGCAGACCUGACCAUCAAAGCUACAAAAUCACAGCUCUUUGUCUGCAGAAUUAAUGACAACUACUGCAACUGUGUCUUCAGUGAAUGGGUCAAAGUGAAGGUGCUGGACAUCGACAAAUCAGGUUUACCUGAACACUGGCAGGGAACGCUGCACAUCGCCGUCAACCCUAAACCCCAGACAGUGCGACCAGGUGAAAACUUCACUCUUCGCUGUGUGGCCUUUGGCAUUCCCACCCCUCAGUAUCAGUGGUACAGAAAUGGACAGGGCCUGAAGGGAAAGACUAGAGACACUCUGCAGGUUGACGGUGCUACAGCUGAACAUGGAGGAACGUACCUGUGUUCAGUCACCAACAUCCUGCAGGAGAGAUGGACAGAAGCUGUGGAUGUUAAUGUUGUGGAGCCUGAUCCUACUCCCCCAGCAGCACCUACAGCCACAGAUAAAGUGGCCCUGCUGAUCGGAAACCUCAACUACUCUCAGCACCCGGGCCUGAUGGCCCCCGUCAUGGAUGUGCACAAGUUGGCUAACCUGCUGCGGCAGCUGGGCUUCAGAGUGGUCUCCCUGCUGGACCUCACCAGAGACGAGAUGCUGGCGGCCAUCGAGAGGUUCAUUCAGCUGCUGAACAGAGGAGUCUACGGCCUUUUCUACUAUGCUGGUCAUGGUUAUGAAUGCGCUGGCAGGAAUUACCUCGUGGCGGUUGACGCUCCUCAGCCGUACCGUCCUGAAAACUGUGUGUGUGUACAGAGGAUCAUGAUCAGCAUGCAGCAGAGACAGACGGCACUGAGUGUCAUCCUCCUGGACGCCUGUAGAAAAUGGUACAAACAGCACCACAUUCCUUCCAUCAUCAUGCCCCUGAAACCAUCUGGGAAUACCGUCUACGGUUACGCCACAUGUGAAGACGCCGAGGCCUUUGAGGUCCAGGACGGAGGGAAAAGCACCGGAAUCUUCACCAAAUACUUGAACAAACACAUCCUCCGCUCUGACAAAGUCACACACGUCUUGGAGAGAGUCUCUGAAGACUUGGGCACAGACUGUUUAGUGACAGGCAGACAGGCGGUGGAAAUCAAACAUACCCUGAAGGAACCUCGCUCCCUCACGGAUCCCAUCCGGACCACGGGCCACACACAGGAGCUACGCCUGCGAGACGCCUGCUGGAGACAAGCAAACAAACUUCCAGAGAAGCAGUGCCUGAGGUUUCCCUGUGGCGUAGAAGUUGAAGUCAGUUUCUCGGCUUUGUUCUCCAACGUCUUGGUUAUUUUUGCCACUGUGAAGACCAUCAGCCCCCAGGCCCAGGACUGCACCGUGGCUCUGAGCAGCACACCUCCAUUGGAAGAUAUCUUCUCUGGGUCAGACCAUUCAGAAGAGAUGGACUCCCUGUUGUUUACAAACUCCCACAGUCCAGACUGCACCAUGAGGCUCUGUGCUCUUCAGAGACUGAAGAGCUCUCUGGUCAUCAGGGUGGAUCUGCACUAUACUCACACAGACAGUAAACUGAGGCAGACAGAAAGCCAGGAGGUGGACACUGGUAAACCCCUGGUGGCCUCCUGUAGGUUUUACCAAAGAAAAGCUGCUGCCGAUGAAAGACACAAUGGUGCUUCUGCUCAAAGUACGGGCCACGUUCCGAGCAGCAAACAGACUGUGGCUGGGCACUGUCGCCCGUUCACCAGGAAAGCCGAGUGUGCCGCCUUGCCUCCAGUUAGGAGGGGCAAAAAUGAACCCGAGGAGAACGAUGAGGACCAACUAUGAGGAAAACACUGUCCUGGUUCUACUGCUGUAAAUAAUCGACGUGAAAUUUAAAGGCGUUCUUUAAAAAAUUGUUGUGGACCAACAUAAUCAGCUGUGCUGAGGAGUCUUUGAUUGAAAUAAUAAUGUUUCUUUUGGAACAGCCGUGCUCACCUGUCUGCAGUUUAUGAUAAUGGAUGAAUGGGUGACUGAAUGAAUGAGGAAUACAUUAAUAAAAGAAAGAAAGAAAGUGAUUUUAAAGCUGCCUUUGCUUUAACUUAUAUUUCUGAUCCUAACACUGACAAAACAACACUUCUGCUAAGUUGCCUAAUGCAUAAUUAAUCGCAACUGUACGUGACUUUUUAUGUUACAAAUAAAUGCUGUUGUGUCCAGUGGUGACACGUGAAAUUU